AUGAGAGAACUUGCCAAGGUUUUGAUGGAAUGUCAAAAACUAGAUCCUGCAAUCAAAAACUUAUUUGACGUGCUUCAGCCACAGCACUUUGACAGUGUAGUACAAAGUGUCAAAGUUAUUGCCAGAUAUAACACGCAAACAGAUGUUUUCGAAUCUCCGACAUUUGCGAUGAACAUAAGACUGUUGUGA